AUGUCUGCUCUAAUGGAUUUCCAGGAUGAGGGGCUGUCGUGCUACAACCUUCAGCAGCAGAGGUUUGCGCACAAGGAACUGAAGUUUGGCGUUGAGGCAAGAGCGUCCCUGCUGAAGGGUGUCGACACACUCGCAAAGGCUGUAUCAACAACACUGGGCCCCAAGGGUCGCAAUGUAUUGAUUGAGUCGAGUUAUGGAUCCCCCAAGAUUACCAAGGACGGUGUAACAGUCGCAAAGGCCAUCACUCUCCAAGACAAGUUCGAGAACCUCGGUGCCCGCCUCCUUCAGGAUGUCGCCUCCAAGACCAACGAGGCUGCUGGUGAUGGUACCACAACUGCUACUGUCCUCGCCCGCGCCAUCUUCUCCGAGACCGUUAAGAACGUUGCCGCUGGUUGCAACCCCAUGGACCUGAGGCGGGGUACCCAGGCCGCCGUAGAGGCGGUUGUUGAAUACCUGAGGGCAAACAAGAGGGACAUCACCACCAGCGAAGAGAUUGCCCAGGUCGCCACCAUCUCUGCCAACGGUGACACACACAUUGGCAAGCUUCUGUCCAACGCCAUGGAGAAGGUUGGAAAGGAGGGUGUCAUCACUGUUAAGGAGGGCAAGACGACCGAGGACGAACUCGAGGUCACUGAAGGCAUGAAGUUCGACCGUGGUUACAUCUCCCCCUACUUCAUCACCGACACCAAGACCGCCAAGGUAGAGUUUGAGAAGCCUCUCAUCCUGCUCUCCGAGAAGAAGAUCUCCGCUGUCCAGGACAUUGUCCCGGCUCUUGAGGCCUCCCAGCAGCUCCGCCGCCCCCUUGUCAUCAUUGCCGAGGACAUUGACGGUGAGGCGCUUGCCGUCUGCAUUCUCAACAAGCUCCGUGGCCAGCUCCAGGUUGCCGCUGUCAAGGCACCCGGCUUCGGUGACAACCGCAAGUCUAUCCUCGGUGAUCUCGCUGUUCUGACCAACGGUACCGUCUUCAGCGAUGAUCUUGAUAUUAAGCUUGAGAAGGCCACUCCCGACAUGCUCGGCUCCACCGGAUCCAUCACCAUCACCAAGGAGGACACCGUUAUCCUCAACGGCGAGGGUAGCAAGGACCAGGUCUCCCAGCGUUGCGAGCAGAUCCGCGGCGUCAUCAACGACCCAACCACGUCCGAGUACGAGAAGGAGAAGCUUCAGGAACGUCUUGCCAAACUCUCUGGUGGUGUUGCCGUCAUCAAGGUCGGUGGCUCAUCUGAGGUCGAGGUUGGCGAGAAGAAGGACCGCAUCGUCGAUGCUCUGAACGCCACCCGUGCUGCCGUCGAGGAGGGUAUCCUGCCCGGUGGUGGUACUGGUCUGCUUAAGGCUUCGGCCAACGCUCUUGGAUCUGUCAAGGCGGCCAACUUUGACCAGCAGCUUGGUAUCACCAUUGUCAAGAACGCCAUCACCCACCCCGCUCGCAAGAUCGUUGAGAAUGCCGGUGCGGAGGGAUCCGUCAUCGUCGGCAAGCUCAUUGACGAGUACAAGAGCGACUUCAACAAGGGUUUCAACAGCGCAAAGGGCGAAUACGUCGAUAUGAUCGCUGCCGGUAUCCUUGACCCCUUCAAGGUUGUCCGCACUGCUCUUGUUGAUGCUAGUGGUGUUGCGUCGCUUCUCGGUACCACCGAGGUGGCGAUUGUUGAGGCACCCGAGGAGAAGGGUCCUCCAGGCGGCAUGCCUGGCGGUAUGGGUGGUAUGGGAGGCAUGGGCGGCAUGGGCUUCUAAGCACUUGGAGCCCAACCCGUCUGUUAUCUUCUUCUUAUACCCCCAUUCCGCUAUAAUGACUUUAGUCUAACGUCUUCCCGGCGAUGGUUUAUGUGCACGAUAUUGGGAUGGUCUCCGCUCUUCACUCAUGGGUUUCAAAAGCGUAGCAUUUUGUUUUUUUGUGUUUAUUGUACAAUAUGGUGUAUCUAGAAGCUCUCCUGGGAAGGACAAGAUGUAAAAAGCGACGAAGGAAAUGUGAACAAGUGUAUAAACAAACAACAGCGAGUACGAAUGAUUGCUUG